CAGCGCCGCGCUGCGCUCCGCCCGCCCGCGCAGCGCGCCCCGGGCCCGGCAUGGUGCUGCGCGGGGCGCGCUGAGGGCACGGCGGCGGGCGCUGCCGCAGGGCGGACGGCGGACAGCGGACAGGGUAUUAAAAAACAAAAAAAAUUGCAUGGAUCAAAAUAAGGCUCUCUUGUGACCUCCUCACCUCAAGGGCCUGCAUUCUACAGAACCAACCCAAGUUUCCAGCCAGCUGCAUAUAGCACUGAAAGAAAAUGAACAUACUGAACAGCCACCACUUUUUGUGCUUUCUGCCUACCAUACGCCUUGUCAUCUUAUUAGCAGCUCUGACAACUGCUGAGGAUGUGACUAAUAGCACUUUCAACCGCACUGGCACAAACACAGGGUCUGUGCCUGUGGUCAUCUCCCACAUCGACCAUAUCAUAGUCAAGGAGGGGUGUAGUGCCUUGAUUGACUGCAAUGUCCAAGGUAGUCCCAGUCCACAUUACAGAUGGUACAAUUCCAACGGCCGCCUGCUCCACGAGGAUGAGAAUAAAGCAGGAAAAUGGUGGUUUCUUGACAAUGGGCAACUAAACAUUACCAGCGUGUCUUUUGAAGACAGAGGUAAAUACACAUGUGUCGCAUUUAAUAUGUAUGGCAGCGUUAACAAUACCGUGACCCUGAGGGUUGUCUUCACUUCUGGAGAUAUGGGAAUCUAUUACAUGAUUGUCUGCCUUGUGGCUUUCACGAUUGUUAUGAUAUUGAACAUUACGCGGUUAUGCAUGAUGAGCAGUCACCUGAAGAAAACGGAGAAAGCAAUCAAUGAAUUCUUCAGAACAGAAGGAGCUGAGAAACUCCAGAAAGCCUUUGAGAUUGCAAAACGUAUCCCAAUUAUCACUUCAGCCAAAACGCUCGAGCUUGCCAAAGUAACACAGUUCAAGACCAUGGAAUUUGCUCGCUAUAUUGAAGAGCUUGCUCGGAGUGUGCCUUUGCCACCUCUCAUCAUGAACUGCAGGACUAUAAUGGAAGAAAUUAUGGAGGUUGUUGGUCUGGAGGAGCAAGGACAGAAUUUUGUACGGCAGACAGCGGAAGGCCAGGAAACCACUGAAACAGAUGAGCUCUAUACGAUCCCAAAUGCUUUGAAGCGCAGUGACUCUCCCACAGCUGACUCUGAUGCAUCAUCACUGCAUGAGCCACCUCAGCAGAUUGCAAUAAAAGUGUCUGUUCACCCACUGUCCAAAAAGGACUGCAUGGAUGGUCAGUCACAAGAAAGUGUGCAGUUGGACACCAAGGAAGAAGACCUUCCUCAAACACCAGCACUUCCAGCAGAGCCCUCUCCUGAGCCUUCUGCCGAACUCAGUUCUGAUGACUCAGCACUGGCAAAUGACACGUGUGUUAUAUAUGAAAGCCAUGUAUGAUAGUUACUCCUGAAUCUAUGCAUAGCAGGAAAAUCAGGUGGAGCUCUUUUAAAAAUACAUAUUGUACUUGCCGCUAAGCCUUACCAGGAGACUAUCAUAGCAAAGCAUGUAUGUGGAUUAUUGGCACUUUCUUCUCAGUUUGACUUUAAUUUAUCAUGAUGUAUGGCAGAGUAAUUGCUAAUACAUUAAUACUAUUUGCUCUUUUCAAUUAGGAGUAUUUCCAAGAAACAUUUACCUCAGCAUUUUCUAGGCUGGAGUCAUCUGUAGUGGCCACCUGAAAGUCACUGGUAGUGUUUGAUGUAGGACGCUUGAACACAAAACUGGUUUUCAUUUUCCUCCUUCACAUUUGUUAUUUUCCAUUAUUUUGCAAAUAUUGUCUUGUGAAUUUGAAUUAUUGCCCAAGAGGCAGCACUCCAAUAGCCAAAUAAAAUCCUAAUAGAUUACUUUUACAAAGCCUGUUUGCUGAGCUGUAUUGUGAUUGAGAAGGCCAUUAAAGAAAGUUAAAAUGUUUCCAUUUCAUUUGAGACCAGCCUGCUUAGGCACAAGGGAAAUAGUUUUCCCUUUUCCACUGAAUGAAGAUGCCAAUAAGUGGGUGGUUUGUUUUGUUUUCUUUUUUCUUGUCAAGAAACAACUUUAAGGUGUAUUUUAAAGAUAGGAAAGUCGUUAAACAUCUUACAAAAAUUUGCGGUCAGAGCCCUGCAGGUUUUUUUCUUGCAUUUGUCUGUCUGUCUCUGGCUUUUCCUGAACUUUAUAAGGAAAACAGUUGCAAGUAUGCAAGAUGCUGUGCUUUGUAGUAAUUUGGCAGGUAUGUGCAGUGUUACUAGAAGACAUGCAGGUACAUUAACAAUCCUGCAAACUCCAAUAAUCAGGUGAUGUCAAAGGUGAAAUGCGGAAGGCACUUUUACUGGCAUUCUCUAUUUUGUGCAGAUUUUUAUUCUGGGGAUCAAACCUAAAUUUGUCUGUGAGUGUAAGCUGGAGAAUGUUUUAUCUAAAUUAAAAACAAAGAACAAAACAAAACAAAAACAAAAAAGAAGUGUACUGUAAAAUUAGUGCUGGCCACAGAAGCUGUUUACUGUGUUAUAAUUUCUUGGGUAUUUUAAGAACCUCCCGCAUAAGGUAGGAUGUGUCCUACUCAAGAACAUGUGACUCUAUGACUCUAUUCCAGUAAAACUUUAAGUAUUACAGCAAUUGGGACACAUUAAAAAAGGAUUAAUGUUUUUGCCAGGAGUGCAAGGAAAGUGGUCAUUUCUAUUGCAGACAGGCAAUUAAAAGGACCUUCUUUGGAGCAAGUCUGGAAAGAAAGCUCUUAUAAGGAGAAGUUUUUAUAGGGUUAAUAACACAUUACUUCAUUAUCUGACACAUAUUUAUUUGGAACUAAGGAGCUUACUAUUACCCAGUAGUUUUUAAGGAAGACUGUAGUAUAUGUACAGAUAUACUGUACAGAUAUACUGGAAUUUUGGUAUAUUGCAAAAAAAAUAAGUCACUUUGGCCUACGGAGAUGUGAUGCAUGGAUGGCUCUCUGGAUGUAUUGUUGAAGUAGUCACAUCUACAUAAAGCAUUCUUCAGAGAUAAUCAUCUGUGUUAGCUGCACAGCUCAUCGAGACCAAGCAAAGUCAACAUGGCAGCUAUCUAAAAAAACACACUGAUAACCAAGUAAGGUUAUCUUUGUAUUAAAGUGCAGAGCUUCACUAGCAGUGUAAUGCAGGAACACCUUGUGAUUAGCCUUUCUAUGAUUAUUUUUUAAAUGUUUGUUUAACAAAGGACUUCAGAUUUUGCAAUAAAUCAUGAAAAUGACAGCAUUUAGUUGCCUAACAUUUGUGCUUACCACUGUGGUAAGCAUCUCUACACAAGGCACUUGCACACAUCCAGAAGGAGACAUGAAAGGGCAAAAUCCCUUAAGGAAUGUGGCUAGAAACAUUUUAGAGAGAAGUAUAAAUCUAGAAUGUGGGGUAAGAACACUAUGAGGAACCUCACACCUGACUGGCGUGAUUUCAGCCACAUGUGAUGCAAACUUAUUUCCUUGUCUGAGUCCAAAAUACAUUUCUGUUCACUGAUCAUAUCAGAUUUUCUUCAAGUCACUCACUUUGGUUCUAGUUUGAAAGAGUCUGAGGGUGGAAAAAAAAAAAGCAGGAACUUGCAGUAAAUUCUUUUCAUUCACCUUAAUCUCCUGAAAGAGGCAUCUUGAUUUUUCUGCCUGCCCAGUAUUUACAAACAGAGGUAACACAAUUUAUAAGUUAGCUGCUUGGUGCCCAACUAAGACUGCUUAGAUGAUAAAGGAUGUUCUCCUUCAAUAACUUCUAAAUUACACUUAAAAAAAAAAAAGUUUCAAAAAUAAACUACAGUAUUUAAUUUUAUUUGCUUUCUAAAUACAAAUUUUUACAGUGGAGACCAGACCCAUUCAUGUAUUCAUGUGCUGAUUGUUACUAGGCCACUCUGACUACCUGAUCCUGUCUAGUGUAUCUAUGUAAACUUCCUUCAGUUCAUAUUUUUUUUCCAAAGAUUGGCCACAAAGAGCAUGUGUUUAUAUACAAACAUACCUUGGCAAACGCUUGCUUAUGAGCAAUGGAUACUUGGAAUAGAUGCAUGCAAUAGGUAUGGUGCUGAAUUUCUGCUGUUGCAAGGUCAAAGGGAACUUCUCAACUGGCUUUGCUGGAGCUGAAGUCACUGAUUGCCAAGUGUUUACAGACAGUCAGCUACAAAGCCUUUGGACAUCAAGCUUGAUGAUACUAUUGGAAUAAAAAACAGAACGGUGCUGUAUCAAAAGAAAACACAGGCUGUAAUGGUUCUGUUUUAUAUAUUACUUCUCUUUUAUGUGUCUACUACACAUAAAAGCUUUUUCAAUGCUUUCAGGUACUUCCUUUAUGGGAGAUACGUGGGCUGCAAGAUCUAAACCCAUCUUUCCUCUUCCAAAUUUUCUGGCUGUGUUCUCCACAAAGUAAGCAAAUUUUUUUCUUUUUUCCAAUUUUUUUUUUUUUUUUUUUUUACAAUAGUUCCUAGGGAACGGCUAUUUUAUGUCAUAAGAACACUAUUAACAAAUAUAAGAUUCUUGAUGGUUUGAAAGAAACAUUAACAUUUGCAUUGUAUAUUUUUUUGCAUUAAGUACUUCAGGGACAUUAAGUGAUCUGUUGUCAUAUUUGGACUCUGCACAUCUUUUGCUGUACUGUUUUACUUAUUAUAUCUUCAAGCAGCAAUUGUUCUCAAAGUGCAGAGCACCUGGGAAAUACUGUCCAAGGAUAUUUGCAGUUUAAAAGCAUAAGAAACACCAGGCCUGCUCAGAAAAGAAAUGAAAUUUGCAGAAUAUAUUUAUGUUGUUUAAAACAUUCUUGCUGGAACUUUGUGAAAGAUUACUAGAUUUCUGCAGCACAAUAAUUCAAUGUUGGAUUUGAUUUUUGACACUGUUCUUUUUGCACUAAAUGUAAGAUUGUAUUAAUCAGACCACUUGAACACUGUGCUAUUUACUGACAGCAUUUUCUUUCUGAUCAGCACUUGUUUACUGCUGACCCUCUUCUGUUUUCUGAAUGAGGAUGCUUGUGAUUAAGCCUCUACAAUUCACUCAUUUUUAAAGACUGUCAUUUCAAAAUUUUUGGAAAGUGUAGGUCAGCAUUUUAUGCAGGUUUGCUGGUAUUAGGUGAGGCAUAGCAGUUUGCUCCUGUGCUUACAAAUUACUGUGUAAUCAUCAUCAAUCUUGCUGAAUGGCAUAUAUGGGCAGGUGUUGAAUUUAUUUUUUUUUUAAUGGUGCCUGUUUUAUUCUAACAUAGAUACAAAGUCAGUUCCUCAGUUUGCAGUUACCUUUUGACAAAAGUACUGUAGCAUAAUCAGGGCUUUCUGACCUUCACUUUGAUUCAGAGCAAUUAAUUCUGAAAAGUAUUAAGUGUUGAAUUUUCAAAGUUCUCAUGGCCUAUCCUGGCAGCAUGCUAUUUAAGAGUAUGUCGUACUUUGUGGGACAACCGAAAGCUUCUCAGAUGGAAAGGAAAUGUUUGCACUCAACUAUCCUGUUAUAUUUCAUUUGUUAUGAAAUCAUUUUUAAUUUUAUGAGAAAUAUAAGAUAAUGAUGUUCUUUGGAGAGCAGCUACUGUAUUUUGAUUUAAAUAACUGCUACAGUUUUAUAGUUCACGGCCGUAAACCACAGAGACCAGUUCAUGCUCCAGUGGCAAAAAGAAAUGUGAUCCAGCUUGUAAAUUGGUCAUUGUUUCAAUAAAGAAUUUGCACUGACUAUGCUGAGUUUGUACACACUCAAAAAGAUGGCAAUUGCCUUAUAUGAGUACACCAAGGCUACACUUCAAAUGAAAGUAAACUAUAGCUUUCAUUGUACAUGUGCUAAUAUAUCAGAACUUUGAUCAGGAGAAAGUUAUUUGUCUAGACAUGAGUUUUAAUAAAGCUUUGAAAGAGAGCUGUUGUUGUUAUUCAGAAUAUAGACCCAGUUGUUGUAUUAAUAGUCUACACUGCUCACAUCUGUAGAAUGUUCCCUCUGGAAGCAUGCUGGCAGUUCUGUAUGUAAUCCAAAGGACUUUAUGUCAUCUGUCUCCUCUCUGAGCACUGUCACUGGGCCUUGCAAAAUGUCUUGCUGCUCUUUCAGAAGUAAGGGUAACAAAGUGUCUCCUCUCCCAGAGGCACCCUACAGAGUGUACCAUAAUGAAACAGAAGUACGGAUUGUCAUACCUGUUGAGGUUCAAUAAAGACAUGUGCAAGGUGUUGCACUUGAGCCAGGGCAAUCUCAGGUGUUCAUACAGACUAAGUAAAGAACCCCUUCAGAGCAGCCCUGCAGAGAGGGAGUUGGAGGUCUCGGUGGAUGAGAAGAUGGACAUGAGGCAGCAGUGUGUGCUUGAGCACCUAUGGACGCAAUAGUACAGCUUCUGAACCUUGUCUUCCCCAUGCCUACCCCUCUCCCUUGUUUUCCCAUUGGCUGUGUACUCCAGGUUCAAAAUCUUACCCAAGAUUUACAUUUGUUAAUUACAUUCUGACACUUGUUGAUUCAUGUGUUAUCUUGUGUCAGUCAGUUGCCAUCCUGCUGUUUCCAAGAUGUCUCAGUACUUUCCUUAUCAUGCUGGUAUGGAGACUCUCUCCAAGGCUUCCUCCAUUCUGUCCAGAGGACACUUCCUUUGUUAAACAAAGAGCACUGAGGGGGGGAUGCCAGGCCUUCCCAAUGCCUCUUCAGGUGCUUCCUUGGGUAUGUCAUGACUUGUUCUCUGGUUUGUGCAGGAUAUUCUUGUGAAAACAUGACUUGUUCUCAGUCUUGUGCAGGAUAUUCUUGCAAUGUGUAUGACAAAAUAUUACAUAUAUAUAUAUAUUCAUGCUGACUAGACAUAAAUUGUUGCUAGCUA